AAGCUUCAAAAGGGAGGGUAGCCUGGUAUUCAUAGAGUUGGCUUAGAAACUACUUGUCUGUCCGUUUAAAAUUGUUACUUGGCAACAAGUGAGUCUCCUCCAAGGACUUGCACAUAUAUUUUCGUACCAAACAUUUCAACCGAAACGCAAUAAAACCAACAAAAUGGAUAGUAUUGAUGACGGAUUGGAGUCGGAUGCAGUACCGACCCAGACAUUGCAUCGCGUUGGACAUUCGAACACGUCCCAAGGGGGGGCGUCCAUGCUGAACCGCAAAUUCAACAGUAUAAACGCAGGAUCGGACAACAUCUCAAAGUUCACGCUGGCCAAUUUGGCCUCUCUGCCCUCCUCCACGUUUAGCGCAGCCUCCACGGCCACUGAGAGGGCUUUGGACAAGAAGACCGAGUCGCCCAUGGGUAAGUACACGUCGCGAAUGGUGGAGGAGAUCAUCACCCAGAUCUUUGCGGAGCGGCGUGGCGACUUCCCUGAAACCUCAUCGUCGUGCCACGUGAAUGCCAUGAAGUUCCCGCAACCCGAAGGCGAAGCAAAUAUUGACAAAAGACUACGGUAUUGGAAGGAGGUGCUGCUGGAGCGGAAGAAGAUGCAACUGCGCGUGCAGCAGAGGACUGGCAAGAUGGCCAGUGAGGUGCUAUUCAACCGGCGGGCCACCCUGGACAAUCGGGAUGGGCAGACGGUGAAGCGAUUGAUGGAUUACGCGGACCGCAUGGAGUGCGAGAAGAUAGUGGCGCCUCCGGUCGCCAAGCUGGGUGACCUGCAGGACCCGUGCACCUGCGAGAUUACGCUCGGCGUGGCGGCCACCCAGCCGAAGGCAGAAAGGGAUGGCUACAAGGACGUUGAGAUCAUUGGUUUGCCCCACACGACCAAGCGAGAGCUACUGGGCCGGGACGCUCUUGAGCAGAAGGCUCCUCCCGGGUGGCUGCAAUCAGAGUUCCUGGACGAGCGGCUGCAGGGCCGCUUUCAAGCCAUUCAGAAUGUGCUCGAGUUUUUUCCAGACUUGGACGCCUUACAGGUCACCGGCACUAAUGUCUCCAAGCUGGUAACAGCUCCCCGUACGACUCUUGUGGGAGUGCAAUCCCUCCACACGAUUACCAACACCGAGAGUGCCCCGAUCUGUUCCGAGGAGUGCACCUACGCCUCAAUGGAGGCUACCGAAUGCUCCACAACGGAGCACUCUGCCGUUGCAGAUGUAGUCCCGGAACUGGGGCUACGGGUCAAUGGAGUGGACUACUUGCCGGGGGACACUGCCACCGGUGGCAUCAGCGAGUGCUACGAAAUUGUGACUCGCUUCUCCUGUAACCCCUUCCGGCGCCAAAAAAAACACGUUUUGCAAUUGACGAACAUCGGACGGCAGACCUUGACCUUCUCCUGGAAGCAGAGCACGUACUUCUACAACCGUGGAUCCUUGUUACUGGCCCGUGACAACGAGUUUCUUUUCGAUCUGGAUGGCUUCCGACUGGCCUAUGGGGAGUCCCGCAGCUUGGUGGUGCUCUACCAGCCACGCAAGGUUGCCAUGGCCGUGGAGCUGUGGCUGCUGCUCGUGGAGCCCCGAAUCUUCUGCAGCCGGCAGGAGUCGCUGCUACUGCGUUUCCAUGGCCGCUGCACGCCUCCAGCGGACUACAUGGCCAAGCUGCUGGAGGCGCAGUGCACCUGCGUGUGCAAGUCAGACGCCGUGGCCGUCGAUCAGUUGACGAUGCACCUCAGCAAACUGGUGCCCUUGGUGGUGCCACCACCUGCCUGCUGUCCCUAUGAGCGGCCCCUGGACGAUCGAGAGGCAUUCAACAGCUUGAAUCCGGGCUACAACUGCACCCGCUUUGAUGACCUGGAGGUGCUCCGAAAGUUCCACAUGCGGGUCAAGAAGCCGCGUGAGCCUUUGUGGGAUUUCCGACUGACCACCAUCAAGGAAUACGUCCUGCGGGUAGAGGGUGUGAUGGAGCGAGAGAAGCUGUUCGCAGAGUUCACGGAGCUCCUCUCCCCGCUGCUGGGACCUGCUGAUUCCCUCGAAACGACCUCCCAGCAGGACGAACAGAAGCAGCGCUCUCGGUUCAUCUACGUGCGCGGCGUCAUCUGCAACGGCAUUGCCGAGUGGGAGGAGCUUAUGUUCACCGUGGAGGAGUCGUUCUUCAAGCCGGAGCUGCAGCGAUUCUACGUCAGCCUGCUCGGAGAGUCCGAAGAAGGCGAAGAGGGAGAUGAGGACAAUGUGGAACGGCCGCGUCCCGCCCCAAUUACCCCCAUCGACAAGGAGAAGCUGCUCGAGAUCAUUGGCGAGGCGAACCUGGACGAGGAGAAGAUCCGGGCGGCGGUGAUGCGAAAGUUGUACCACUCCAAGUAUUUCCGCGACUCGCUCUACAUCCAGACCUACUCACAUCUGUGCAACAUGGCUGAGGACAUUGUCUCGGUGAUUGAAAGCACCGAAGUGGUGCCUACCUAGGGCGUAGGGUACUUUGUUUCUUGAAUAUAAGAAAUGCAACUGCUUAUUGGUUUCAA